CGCGAGCCUGAGUCCGCUGGCUGUGGUGCUGAAGCGGCGCAUGCCGGGGGCUCGAGCGCAGACACACAAUCGAAGGCAUCCUCUCGCGCGAUGGUCAAAAAUAGAUAGAAGAAGAGAGCUUGUAAUUCAGGAAUCCAAGCCAAUUAUUUGUGAUUUUUAUAUAAAAUACAAUUUACGGUAGUCUGAAUUUGUGUAAGCUGUUUUGAUAGCUUAUAGCUUAUUUGCGCGGUGCGUGUUAGGUUUUUAGACCACCCUCUCCUUAUAUUAUCUAUCUCUCAUCUUUAUUGUUGUUGCCUGCCUGUCUCGCGCAUUCUUUAUGCACAGCACGCCGCUCCAGUCCUCUCCGAGUAAAUAGACCUUCGUCGGAACAGCAUGGCCCGGUCCAGUCGUGCCCACUGAGAGAGAUGGAAGCAAAACAGCACUCCAUAAAGAGCCUGAAGAGCUACCCAGAGGCGGGGGGCCGGAGCCUGGCGGCGGCCGCGGGAGACGUCGGCGUUGGAGGUGGUGGAGGAGGGUGUCUUGCCGGCUCAGCACAGAUGGAGAUGGAGGCAAACAUACAGAAAGCCAUUGACUUCAAGGUGGAGGGCCACCGCUGCUACAAGGAGAAGAAAUUCCGGGAAGCGAUAGGGAAGUACCACCGGGCUCUGCUGCAGCUGAAAGGGGUGCAUUUAGUGGAUGGAAGCACGGACUCCCAGGUCAACCUCCUGAGCCAAGCCGCCGUCAAGCUGACGGAAGACCAGCGGAGAACGGUGGAGAUCACGGAGAUCGAGUGCUACGACAGCCUGACAGCGUGCCUGUUGCAGUCAGAGUUGGUGAACUAUGAGCGUGUGAAGGAGUACUGCCUGAAGGUGCUGGGCCACCAGCGGGACCACUUCAAGGCCAUGUACCGCGCCGGCAUCGCCUGCUACCACCUGGGCGACUACGAAUGUGCCCUGCGCUACCUGCGUGACGCCAAGAACCGCGAGCCCUCAGACACAAACGUGCUGCGGUAUAUCCAGUUGACGGAAAUGAAGAUGAGUAGGGAGGGUCAGCGGGAGCGAGAGAGCGGCAAAGAGGCCCUUGGCUAACCUUUGACCUUUUGGCCUCUAUCACUAUGGCCUAUGCUACGACCCAUCCUACGUCACCUCUCCUCUCUGACCUCCUCUCCUCCUUUAUGGAGCCCAGUCCCAUUGAUGACUGGCCCGAGCGAUGCGCUACAACCAUGUAAAAGGGCAGAAAAAGCCCUGUCUCUCCCCCCUCUCUUCUCCUCCUUGUCUCUCUUCUUCCCUCCAGGCGCUGUUGUUCUGUACCCCAGAUGCAGACUGUCAAACAAAGAAAAAACGAAGCAAAGGGAAAUACUGUACUAUACUCAUACAAAACAGUCAUGGUUGUCCGAAUGAAAAAACUGCUUAAAAAAUAUAUAUGAUCAAAGAACAUUGCGUAAUUUAGUGAAGGUGUAAAAAUUUUCAAAUAAAGUAUAAUUUCUUAUUUA